UAUUUUUGGUGAGAACGUACACAGCAAAACCUGCUCCUAUUCCAUACUUUCUGAACAUAAUGACAUUGGUUACAUUGUUCACAUUAUGUAAACAUUCUCAUUAUUUCUGUUCUAGUUGUCAUUUCCAUUUUCUUAAUCUUCCUGCCUCCCAACCUUCUCAUCUAUGCUUUAAAAUAGCUGUUGAUUGACCCCAUAGUCUUCUAUAGAUAAUUUUAUUAAAAGAAUGCAAUAUUCAAGGGUGACAGUCUUUACUUUUUGAGCUAAAAUGUUAUUUAUUUUCAAGGUGACUUCUAGGAAUAGUCUUAAUUCAAAGUUUGAAGACCAACUCAGGGCCAUCGUCUCGGGGACUCCUGCCUCAAUAGGUCCAGGCUGUGUGACCUUUGAGGACGUGGCCGUGUGCUUCUCUCGGGAGGAGUGGGAGCUCCUUGAUGUGGCCCAGAGACUCCUGUACCGUGAUGUGAUGCUGGAGACCUUUGGACUCAUGGCCUCACUGGGACUGGUAUCUUCCAGGACCCAUGAAAUCACCCAACUGGAGCAGUGGAGCGAGCCCUGGGUGCCUGACCAAGAGGCCAUGGCCCCAGACACGCCAAGAGGUUGUUGGCGUGGAGUGGAGGCUAAGGAGGUACUUUCUGAGCAAAGUGUUUCUGUAGAAGGAACAUCACAGGUCAGGACUCCCAAGGCAGGCCCAUCUACUCAGAAGACCCACCCUGGUGCAGUAUGUAGUCCCGUUGUCAAGGAGAUUGAGCAAGUGGCUGUGCAUCAGGGAACACAUCCUACAAAGAAACCGUACACAUGUGGAACAUGUGGGAAAGGGUUCUGGUUCCAUGCAAACCUUCACCAGCACCAGAAGCUGCAUGCUGGAGAGAAACCCUUCAGAAGAGAAGAGAGCCGGGUCUCAGUUUUGAAGAGCUGCAGAGUUCACUUGUCAGAGAAGCCCAUCCAGUACAGGGAGGGUAGGAAAGACAUCCUGAUCAGCUCAAAUCUUCCCAAGCAUCAGGGGACUCACAGUGGGCAUGAAACUGUGAGCUCUGAGUGUGGGGAGGCCUUCCACACUGGAAAAAAGCAUCACAAAUGCCACGAAUGUGGAAAAGCAUUCAGUCAGAAAUAUUUACUUGUUCAGCAUCAGAGAAUCCACACUGGAGAAAAGCCUUAUGAGUGCAGCGAAUGUGGAAAGUCAUUUAGCAAUAAAUCUAACCUUCAUAUACACCAGAUAAUUCACACUGGAGAAAGGCCUUAUGACUGUAGUGAAUGUGGAAAAUCCUUUAGCCGCAAUGCCGACCUCCUUCAACACAGGAGAGUUCACACUGGAGAAAAGCCGUUUAAGUGCAGUGAAUGUGGAAAACCCUUCAGGCAUAAUUCCACACUUGUUCAGCACCAGAGAAUCCACACUGGAGUAAGGCCUUAUAAGUGCAGUGAAUGUGGGAAGUUCUUUAGCCACAACUCCAGCCUCAUGAAACAUCAGCGAGUUCAUACUGGAGAAAAGCCUUAUGAUUGCAGGGAAUGUGGGAAAGCCUUUAUUCACAAGUCAAGCCUCAUUCAACACCAAAAACUUCACAGUGGAGAAAAGCCUUUUAAGUGCAAUGAAUGUGGAAGAUUCUUUAGUGAAAAUUCCAGCCUCAUUAAACAUUGGAGAGUUCACACUGGAGCAAAGCCUUAUGAGUGCAGCGAAUGUGGCAAAUUUUUUCGCCACAAGUCAAGUCUCGCUAACCAUCGGCGAAUUCACACUGGAGAAAUGCCUUAUGAGUGCAGUGACUGUGGGAAAUCCUUUAGCCAGAGCUUCAACCUCAUUCAACACCAGAGAGUUCACACUGCAGAAAAGCCGUUUACAUGCAGUGAAUGUGGAAAACCCUUCAGGCAUAAUUCCACACUUGUUCAGCACCAGAGAAUCCACACUGGAGUAAGGCCUUAUGAGUGCAGUGAAUGCGGGAAGUUCUUUAGUAAUACCUCCAGCCUCAUGAAACAUCAGCGAGUUCACACUGGAGUAAGGCCUUAUGAGUGCAGUGAAUGUGGGAAGUUCUUUAGCCACAACUCCAGCCUCAUGAAACAUCAGCGAGUUCACACUGGAGAAAAGCCUUAUGAGUGUAGCGAAUGUGGGAAAUCCUUUAGUCAAAACUCUACCCUCAUUCAACACCGAAAAAUUCACACUGGAGAAAAGCCUUUUAAGUGCAAUGAAUGUGGAAGAUUCUUUAGUGAAAAUUCCAGCCUUGUUAAACAUUGGAGAGUUCACACUGGAGCAAAGCCUUAUGAGUGCAGCGAAUGUGGCAAAUUUUUUCGCCACAACUCGAGCCUUGCUAGACAUCGGCGAAUUCACACUGGAGAAAUGCCUGGGUGCAGCGACUGUGGGAAAUCCUUUAGUCAGCAAUUCAACCUCGUGCAACACCAGAGAGUUCACAGUGGAGAAAAGUCUUUUGAGUGUAGCAAACGUGGGAAACCCUUUAGGCACAACUCCAUGCUUAUUGGGCACCAGAGGAUUCACACUGGAGAAAGGGCUUAAUGCAGCAAAUGCGGGAAAUUCUUUAGCCACACCUCCAGCCAUCAACACUAGAGAGUUCACACUGGAGAAAGGCCUUAUGAAUGCAGCUAAUGUGUGGAAAUGGUUUAUCAAAUGGCCCCAUCUGAUUCAGCACCAACAAGUUUUCCACAGAGAAUGGUCUAAUGAAUGUAGCAAAUGUAGAAGAGCCUUGAACUAAAGGUCUUCUCUGAUUCAGCAACUGAAACAGGCCUUAAGAUCACUGUGAAUGUGAGGAAAGGCUUUGGCCAAAGCAUCACCUGUUUGGUACCAGAAAGUUCAGACUUGAGAAAGCCCCUAGGAGUGUAGGGAAUUCACUGUCUUGUUCAAUGUAACCUGAUUUAGAACAGAGAAAAGCUCUGAGAGUAGUUUUUACUAGGGAGCCAUCAAUUGAACUUAACCCAAAUAUGCACACUAAGAAGAUUUACAAUGAAUGUUAGGUGUGAUGGAAGACUUCUGGAGCUGUACUGAAUGUUAUCACCUGCCCAAGGACUUUAUCAGAGUAUGUAAUGGCCAUCUCAACUCUCCAGCUGGUUGAUCUCCACAGUGUGCAUCAUUUGCUAACUGUUAUUGACUUGUUGGCAAUUUGUGGUGGCAGAAUCAACCAAUUGGUGGUGGUGGAAUUGCCGACAAGUCCAUUCCUCUAAAAGAAAGAGGCAGCAUUAGGGUUUUCUUUUUUUUUUUUUUUUAAAUUCUUAAACCCAUUUACAUUUAGUGUUAUUAUUAGUAUAUAUAUAGUGUUAGUAAGAUUUACGAUUGCUGUCUUACUUUUUGUUUUCUAUACAUCUCAUGUCAUUUUGUUCCUUUAUUCCUCUUUUUUUUGCAUUAAGUGAAUAUUUUCUAAUGUAGAGUUUUAUUUCACUGUAUUUUUUGAGUUAUUUCCUUUAGUGGUUGCUUAAGGUUGCCGUUGUCAAAAGAAAAAUCUGACCAAUGAGUCACUUAGGCAUAUACCUGGGCCUCCAGGACAGAGUCCCUGCUUUCCUCUCUGAGGCCACGUCCCCACCACUUGCUUAGGUGGCUGCAUCCUGGCUUUCCUCUCUCAGUCUUCUGAGGCCAAGUCCCGACUUUCCAUCACAGAGGGCUGAAUCUCUCAGAAGUCGCUAGGAAGUGCUAGACAAGCCCACUGGAACACGGGCCAACCAGCUAGGGGCUCUGACCCCAACCCAGUUGUUUCUCAACCUGGUUCUUGGCCCUGGGACGUUGGAGAUUGGCAGGAUUGGCUCUAGCACUCUGGGUGGGAACUCAGAACAUUUUUUCCAAAGACACUUCCUGUUCUUGGGCCCCAUGUGGGUCCCAGUCUGCUCUCAGGGAGACCUCCCUUGGUCAUUUUCAAUGUCCUAGUCUGUCCCGCUGGCAGAGUGGGUCCCCACGUGUGGGUCGAGCAUACUUUGUGAACCCAGGACCCCAACGUGGAGCAGAGAUGAGAGGCAGCCCCUCUCCUGCACGCCUGUCGGGACAACAUCAGAGACCAGCCGAGAGGGCAGGAUUCUGUCAAGACAAUGUGGCCCUCGUGCUGGACUCCAUGGCAGGCCACACAGCUAAACCCUCCUCAACUUGUGCAACCCAAAUGGAUCAAGAUCCUGAGGUGGUGGUGUACCCCUGGCACCCUGGACUCCACCCCAACACUUCAUGACCCUGGUUAUAGGGUCGGGAAAAUUGCUGGGAGGCAGAACAAGCAGGCGAAGAGCCCCAGAGACUUGGUCUUAGAGGAGGGGCCCUGCAAAGAUGGAGGGCCAUAGGCAGCCCCAAGCUGGGCACUGCCAGCCAGCCAUGGUGCAUGCACACAAGGAACUGAAUGCAGCUUCUAAAAGAAGGAGGCAUCAUUGGGUUUUACCAGGUGUCGAGAUAAGGUGGUAUCAGGUGUAAGAUGAGGAAGAAGCAUUAGGUUGUCUGAGAUUAAGUGAAGGAAGCACACUUCAGAUCCAUCUACAAAGUAUGACUUGACUUGAAAUAGAAAAAACAGAGUGUUUAGGAAUCUAUUUGAACACACAGACACACAGCGGAGCACACAUGUAAACACAGUCCAGGAAGCACAAUACUACACUAUAAACUUUUUUUCUCCAGGGGGUAGGAUUAUCAGAGACUUUUUUCACUUUCUAUUUUAUAAAUGUAUAUAGUGUAGUAUUUCCUUAAUAAAUAAUAGAAAACGACACUCAACAUUAAUUUUUUAAA